CUCCUUUAUUGAUUACAUGAAACGAAAGCAGUUGAAAAAGAGGUAUAAAUUUGAGAACAAGCGUUUAAAAAGAUUCUGUAAUGACCUGACUUUAGUUAGACAAUGGAGCAUGAAGAAGAACAACAAAUAAAGGACAUCAGACAAUCGUCUUCCUUUGUGUUAGAUGACGUAUUUCAAAGUAAAGAAGAAAUGAAAGAAAAACUUCAAAAAUUUCAAAAUGAUUUUGACGAAGAAUUUGAUGAUAUCGAAGAAAGGAUUUUUGUUCAAAAUAUCAUUUCGUAUUUUCAAUGGCGAUUAAACCAAAGAGAAAAUGCAUUCAAAUCUGUAAACAUCAUUGAAAAUCUACAAAAGAAGCCGCAUUUAAUUACUCAUUGCAACAAAAUAUUAUUUUAUAGAGAAUCUGGAGAUCAUUAUUUGUCCAAAAAACUUUUAAAAGAUUUCAAAAAUAGUGAUUAUUUUAAGCAAAAUAAAACCAAAUUAGAAGCAACUGCAGAAAUUGGAUAUUGCUAUUCCCGACUGGGUCCAAAAUAUCAUGACAGAGCUGUUCAGCUACUGAAGGAAGCCAUUGCAAAUAUAACACCUGAGAGAAAUAUACUAUGGAAAUAUCGCCUUGCAGUAACUUUACGCAGGCAGACUCAUAUUUUUCAGAUGACAACACCUGAAAUCUUUAAACCUGAUGAAACCAAGGAAGAAGCUGCCAAACUGUUGAAUGAAAUUUUGAAGUUUAAAAGUUAUGAUAAAAGUUCCUUAAGGAUAAAAGCUAAGGCAUGCUGUGAUUUGGGCACACUUUUAUUUAGACGUGAACAUCUGUUCAAAAUCAUACACAUCGACAAAGAAGAAACGGAAAAAAUAACUGAAUGUUGGUGCUUUGAAGAAGCAAUGAGAUUGUGCCCCAAUCAAUACUACGUUCUUCAGCAUUAUGGCAGGCAUCUACGGUAUACACAAAAUCUAAAAGAAUCAAAAAAUAUGUUAGAAAGAGCAAUGCAAUUAAAGGAAACAGUUUUUUCAAGACACCAUUUAGCACUCACUCUAAAGAAAAUUGUUGAAAAAGCGACCCCGAAACCACGUUUUAGGGACAUAUGUCAGUUUCCUUAUUCUAUUGUCGAUAGAGAUAAGCCAAAACACGACUCACGUGGUUUUGAUGGACCUGAGUUUGAUUCAUUUUUCGUGAAUGCAGGAAAGAAUGCUGAGAAUCCAAUCCAAGAUGAAAGUGAUCCAUGCAAAUCAAGUUUAGCAAGUACCUUUGAAAUAUCAUUGUUUCAUAAAAAAAGAGAACAUAAAAAUCCUUAUCAUAGUAAGGCAGGUGUCACUACCCAGAGAGGCACCUUUAUUUCAACAAAAAAAUCACCAAGAUAUGUUUGUGUUUCUCCGAAGAAUCCUAUGCUAUUAGAAGCUGUGGAACACCUUCGAAGGGCCAUUGAAAUGUCUAAAGAAUUCGAGGGUACUCGAUAUGACUUAGGUUUAAUAUACCGGAUGCUUGAUAGAUUGGAUGAUGCUCUGAAGUGCUUUUCUUUUAUCACAUCGAGCAAUUGUGGAAACCCAUCAGAUUAUCCAAUGUACGUUAUUAACGCAUACGAACAGCAAGCAUUCUGCAAACUCGAUUUACUUGCUAGAGAAACUGAUCCAGAAAAAAAGAAUGAACUACGAUAUGAUGCAGAGGAAUGUGCUUGGAGGGCUCUAACUAUUGUAUCAGGGGUGAUUGCGGCAAUACCCAUGUUGAAAAGAACAAACCAAUGCUAUCCAACACUGAAAGAAUUACUGCAAAAUGAAGACAAUUCUUUGAAAACAUUAAACAAGCUUGCGAAAAUGAAUAAACUGAUGCAUCACUACGAAGAAUCUAUAGAAUUGUAUAAAAAGAUAAUUAAAAAAGAAAAGCAUGAAACAUUUGUGAGAGAACUUGCAAAAGCAUAUAUAGAGAUGAAAGACUUUAAAAAUGCUAUAUAUACUUUGUCACUAUUGCUAAGAACACCAGAAGCGAGUAUAUCCGAUAAAUCGUUAUUUGUUACUACGUGCAUUGAAGAAGCCCAACGUCUUUUGAUUGAAAAUAACGAUUUAGAGAUGGCAAAAAUUAGAUUUAGAGACGCAUAUAGAGCUAUUUGUUCUCACCAACAUGUAUCCACACCAAGCAAUAAAGAAGAUGAAUCUUCACUUGAUAUUCUCGUUCUGCAUAGUUGUGGUGAAGAUGACUGUUGGUACCAAAACUUUGUCACAUCUACUUUGAAAACAUUUGUGCAGUUAAGAUUUGCUGAGAACGAUGAUGACUGCCUAGGAUCUCAUCGGAGACCUGAAUACCUUGAAGACGUAAUAGCCAGAUCACGGUGUGUAUUGAUUAUUCAACACGAAAGGAUAAAUUGUGCUGGUAAUAUAGACAAAUUGAUAGAUGAAACAGUAGAUGACGCGUGUGUAUAUCACAAAGCAAAAAUACUUAAAAUAAGAAAACAGGAGGUGAAACAACAUGCACCAAGGUGUAAAGAAAUAGUUUUGACAUGUGGUCCCAGUGAUAUGGUAAAAAAUGAUAGAAGCGAAAUCCUUUUCAAAGGCAAACUGUUUUCUAACAUACUGGGCAAUUUAUCAGAAAUGUUUCUGAGAAAAUCUGUUGAUUUAUAAAAUGACAAUCGAUAUUAAAAUCGCUAGUCGGUCUAUUAAAUGUUGUUUUGAUCGAUUAUUUAACUGAUUAAUCGUUUAAAAAUCCAAGCAAUUGAAUUCGUGAUAUAUUGGUGUUAGUUUGUUUCAUGUAUAUUUAUAGGUUUGCUAAAUAAUCUGCCUAACAGUGUUAUAAAAUACUAUACAAUAUUUGAUUAUUAUAUUUCUAUUGUCAUUAUUUUCUUUCACAAUAAUUUCAUAAAGUUAUUCAAUCCGGUUAUAUAUAUAAAGAUAGAAAGCCAAUGCAGCAUGGUGGGCCACCAGUCAUCUAUACAGUCUAUAUUGCUUUCAUACUAGCUAGUGACCACUUCUGGCAUGUGGUCCUGAUGGCAAAUAAUAAACCUGUACAAAUUUUCUUUAAAAGUGUCUUAAUUUGUUCAUAAUUAUACGAUUUAUCGGCAAUAUAUUGGUAGGUUUUCAAAGAUGAUUGCACACAUGUAUAUAGAGUUUCCGUAUCAGAUUCCGAAUUCGUUUAUCUACAUUUCAUUUUGUAUUUAUAAAUUUUCUUUGCAGUAUAUGAAAUAAGUGUAUUCAUACUAUUAUUAAAAUCUGAAUUUUCAUAAAAUCCAAUGACAAUAACAAUGUUUUUCCAACCAACAGCAAAACCAAAAAUAGAGCUUAUUUUUUGCCAUAUGAAUGAAGAGUCAUCAUUACAAUCGUAUAACAAGGUUUAACAUUUUCAAUCCCUCCACACAUUUCACAAGACAUUUUUACAUUUGGAUUCCAUUUACUCACACAUUAGGUAUUAGUCAAAACAUUGUACAGUAAUUUAUAAUCAAAUUUAGCAAUCUGCUUAUCAUGCAUUUUGUGAUUUUCUU